AUGCCGCUCUUCUCCAACAACAAGCGUGACGACGAUGAGACUUCGUCGCGCAGUCGUCGCGCGCACAGCGACAAUGUGGGCGAGCCAUCUGGCCCCGUGGACGAGCACACCAGGCUGCUGCCCAACCGUCUCGACUCGACUCAAGGCACGGGCAUGCUGCGACCUGACGACCCUGCCGUGACGCCCUACAACCUCUGGACCAUCCGCAUCCUGCGCUUCGCGACGGUCGUGCUCACCCUGAUCACCUUUGCCUGGUGGGUGCUGCUCCUGGUGUCUGCGUUUGCCACGCCCCCCGGGUUCAACAUGCGCGGGAGCGGAUUUUACGCUUUCAGUUUCGCGAGUCUGGCCAUGUCCAACCUGUUGUUCAAGUUGAUCUUCUUUGGCGUGCCCGCGAAGGCCGUGCGCAUCCUGUGCGUCGUGAUGGCGUUUAUCCUUCUUCUGGACAUGGUUCUCAUCCUGUCCGUGGAAAAGACGCGCUACGAGGAGGGCUGGGUCGGCACCGCCAGCGUCGUCUGGUCCGUCCUCAUCAGCCUCUGGACACUCCUUGCGGAUCGCACCGUCAAGUGGGGCAAGGCAGAGGAGGAGGAGCGUCUCACGGGGCGCGCCGAGACACGACGCACCCUCACCGAGUGGCUCGAGGUUCUCCUGUCCACCAUCGGCUACUCCAUCAUGACUGCCGUGGCUGUCCUCAUCACCCUGACCAUCAUCUUGCGCGCCCUCGACGCUGGCGUGGCGCCUCCCGGCAAGCUCCACUGGGUAGACAAUGGCAAGUACCGCAUCCACGUGUACUGCAGUGGUAACAGCACCAACGCCCAGGGUCACAAGGUCCCCACCGUCCUUUUCGAGGGCGGCGAGCGAUCUGUCGAGCAUGACGUGUGGCAGUUCGCCGACAACGCCAUCAAGAACGGCUCCAUCAGUCGGUACUGUUUCGCUGAUCGUCCAGGCAUCGCCUGGUCGGAUGCCGCCCCCUCGCCCCUUUCCGCGAGCUUUGCCACCGACGUGCUGAGCGAGGCACUCGCCAAGGCAGGCGAGGAUGGGCCCUGGGUCCUUGCGAGCGCGGGAAUUGGCUCCAUCUACCAGCGUGUCUUCUCCUCGCGCCACGGCGAGGAGGUCAAGGGUAUGGUCCUGAUCGACCCUCUGCACGAAGAUCUGCUCCCCGAGGUCGGCUCCGCUGGACGCGGCUUCCUUCUCUGGCUCCGCGGCGUCAUAUCGCCCCUCGGUCUCGAUCGCCUGCCCGGCGCGCUCUUCAAGGGCCGCACCAGCCGUGACCGCAUCUACGGCCGCGCCGCGCAGCAGAAUGGCAAGUUCAUCUUUGCCAAGUUCCAAGAGAGCCUCGUGGCGGGCUCCUUCACCAAGCGCGACGUCGAGGGCAGCCGGCAGAUCCAGCACCGCGACACGCCGCUCGUCGUCAUCAGCAGCGGCCAGCACAUCAAGGACAGCCGGCGCUGGGAGAAGAAGCAGCGCGACCUGACCAAGCUGACGGACAACCUGAAGCACUGGGACAUUGUCGACAAGGCGUCCCACGAGAUCUGGACGACGCUCGAGGGCCGUGACAAGAUCGAGAAGAGGCUAAAGCAGCUAGUGCAGGCGUAA